UUUGCGUAUGAAGCCUUGAAAAUGAAUGAUGAUUUUGAUGUUCAACAUUUCAAGAAGAAUGCUCGUGGAUUCCUUCCAACUUCCUUCCAUAACAUGGUUGGCAAUAUUUUGGCGUGUGGCUGUGGAGCUACAAGGCAAAUUGAAUACUCUGGUCCAGACUUUUCAUCUAGGAUUGAUGAGAUGAGCAACGCCUUGAACAGUAUUAAAUCCCGGGUUCCUACUUUGGGUCUCAUAUCCAACAACUUGAGGCUACCAACAUACGCAGUAGAGGAGCUAAGAAAGACGCGACAGACCUCUUCUUUAGGUGAGCCUCAUGUUUACGGGAGGAAUGAUAGGAAAGAAGAUAUCAUUUGUCCAAUUGUUGGAAGAUAAACCAACUUAUGAGAAUUAUGUUGUGAUCCCAAUCGUUGGGAUGGGAGGCAUUGGGAAGACUACUCUUGCUCAGUUUGUUUAUAAUGAUGAGAAGGUGAAGGCUCACUUUGUUCUUAAGGCAUGGGUGUGCAUAUCAGACGUUUUUGAUGUCAAACGCAUAACAAAAGAUAUCAUCAAUUCGGCUACCCUUGGCAAUUUUGAUUGUAACAACUUGAAUGAAGCACAACAGAAAUUGCAAGAAGUGGUAAAAGACAAAAAAACUUGAUGAUAUUUGGAGUGAGGAAUAUGAGGAGUGGAACCAGCUACAAAUACCUUUUCUUGAUGCUGCACGAGGAAGCAGAGUCAUUGUCACAACCAGAAAGGAAGUCACUGCAAGAGUGAUGAAUAAUCAUUAUCCCAACACCAUCCAUUUAGAAUGUUUGUCAUUAUCCCAACACCAUCCAUUUAGAACGUUUGUCUGGUGAGUAUUGUUGGAGUAUAUUUCAGCAGCAUGUUCAUUUUGUGUAUUCAGACCUUGCUGAGAGGCGGGAUGAUAUUAUCCGCAAAUGCGAUGGACUACCUUUGGCUGCAAAAACUCUUGGAGGUCAACUACGAAAGAUAGUGGAUAAGGGUAAGCGCCAAAGGAUAUUAGAUAGCCAUAUUUGGAGUGACAAGUGAAAUUUUACCGGUUCUAAGGUUGAGUUAUCAUCAUCUUCCAUCUCUUCUGAAGUGUUUAUUUGCUUACUGUUCCGUAUUUCCCAAAGAUUACGAAUUUGAGGAGAUGGAGAUUAUCCAACUGUGGAUGGCUCAGGGCUUCCUACCAGACAACCCAAAUGAAAGAAUGGAUGAUAUAGGUCAUGAUUACUUCAAUGAUCUGGUAUCAAGGUCAUUAUUUGAAAAAAUUCCAGCUUAUGAAGGAAUGUUCAUCAUGCAUGACCUCAUACAUGACGUGGCUCAAUUUGCUGCAGGCAACUUAUGCAACGUAAUGGAUGGCACGGAUACACACACAGAUUUCAGAAGAACUCGCCAUUUGUUUAUCAAUGGGCAUGUUCAAACCUUGGGAAAUCAAAUUAUGGCUUCUCGGUUGCGUACUCUUCUAUGCAAAGAUAGUUUGAAAAUUGACAAUUUUGAUUUCUUCAAAAGAAUUCGUUACAUACGCACUCUAUUUCUAUCUUCAGAUAAAAUUGAAGCUUUGCCAGAAUGUAUAGGUGAUUUAAAACAGUUGUGCUACCUUAGUCUUGAAUUUGGAAUGAUACUAGUGUUGCCAUAUUCAAUCAGCAAGCUGUGGAAUCUCCAAACACUUUGCUUGAAAGGUUGUUUUAAACUUGAGAAGAUUCCAUGUAUCGAAUCGCUGAGAAAACUUCGCCAUCUGUACAUUAAUGGUCUCUCUUUAAAGGAGAUGCCGCUUGGAAUUGGAAAUUUAACAAACUUGCAGACUUUGGAUAAAUUUGUGUUGGCUAGUGGAGGUGGGUCCCGGGUAAGGGAGUUGGGGAAGUUGAAUCAGCUCCGUGGAAGAUUACUUAUCGUUUCCGGGCUAGAAAAUGUGACAGAGGUUGAGGAUGCAGAGGAAGCCCAGUUGUGUAAAAAAGAGCAUCUAGAUGGGUUGAAUUUGAAAUGGGGAACUUGUACUGAUGAGGUUAAUGACAAGACUAGGAGAGAUGUGGUUGAGAAUUUGCGGCCUCAUACUUCCGUCAAAAAGUGUAAGUUGGAUGGGUACAUGGGCUCGACAUUUCCAAGUUGGUUGGGAGAUCCCUCUUUCAUUUACAUACAUGGUGGACAUAAAGUUGAAAAAGUGUCAGAAAUGUGAAUGGUUGCCUUCACUAGGGAAUCUACCCUCUUUGAAAAGUCUUCUAAUUGAAAACAUGAAUGGUAUUAAGGAGGUAGGUCUUGAAUCUUUGAAGACUCUAAGUGUUUUGAGUGUGAAAUCCUGGGAGAAGUGGGUGCACCCAUCACUUAAUAACAAGGCAUUUCCCAUCCUUGAAGAGCUUUGUUUAAGUAAUUGUCCGUCAUUGCAAGGUGAACUACCUCCUCAUUUGCCUUAUCUUAGAAGGUUGAAAAUCAAUGGAGUCCAGCAACUACAAUCCUUGGAAUUGAAGAAUUCGUCUUCCUCAACUUCUCAUCUUGAAGAAGUCGUUGUUUCGGGAUGCAAAUAUAAAAUUUGAAAACCAUAUCUUUCAAUUGCAGCACCCUUCCCAACCUCACUCAUCUUUAUGUUAGGGAUUGCCCAAUGCUUGAAUCAUUGUUUAGCAAUUUCGCCUCACUUAAAGUUUUGUUCAUUGUAAAUUGCCCAGAACUACGCAACUUUCCAGAAGGAGGUUUACCCACAAACCUGAAGGAGAUUACAAUAAGAGGAACCAAGAUAGACAAACCAAUAAAAGAGUGGGGAUUGCACCUUCUUACUUCCCUCAGUGUUCUUGUACUUAUAAAUGUAGGCAGCUGUGUUGAUACACUAGAGUCCAUUAGCUAUCCUACCUUUCCCUCUUCUUUGCAUAGAUUAGCCAUAGAGGGUUUCCAAAAUUUGAAAACAAUAUAUUGUUCCACUCUUCCCAACUUGUUCUGGGUGAAUAUCAGAAAUUGCCCCAAAUUGGAAUCCUUUGGUGACAAUGGCCUUCCUCCUCCACACAUUAUAAGUAUUGAAGAGUGUGAUAUGAUAGAACAACAAUUGACAAGUGAUCCCUAUGGCCGUAUUAAAACAAAGAAUGGAACAUUCUCGAUCAUUCUCAAUGCCUCUGUCUGAAAAUCAACCAAGCCUCAGCCCAAUCAACUUGUUGAUACAACACUCAACAAUCAACGGAACUUCACUCAAACAAAAGAUUAUAAACUGGUUUUUCUUAAAAGACAUUUUCUUUGGCUGAUUGGCUGAAUAUAAAUAUUAUAUGCAGUAGCUUAUUAUUUAAACUAGGCUGAUCUUGAAAUUUCAGCAUACCUGCAUUCUCCCUGCCUCUUUCAAGUAAGCUUAAUUAAUAAUGGUCUCACAUUCAUUUUACAUGAUACAUCAACUUAUGUUUUAAGUACACCAAUCCUAGAAAUCAUAAAUUCAGUCAAGCUAAUUGUUGUCAGUUUUGAGUUUAAUCAAUCAUUCAGUCAUAAAAUAUAUUUUAAUUGUUUUUUUGCUUUUUUUUAAAAAAAUUAUUGGGAAUAUUACAAUAUAUGAUUGUGCAAAGUACAAAUUUGUUAUGCAAUGGAUCAGUAAGUUUAGAUAUAUAAAGGUAUUUUCUUUUAAGGACAUAUUCUUUAGCUGAUUAUUAUUUUCAGGUUUUCCGUGCACUGGCUUAAUUGAUACAUAAACUAGCUGAUCUUGAUAUUUCUGUUGGAACUUGGUUGUUGUAUUCGUUAAGUGAUACUUUGUUUAGGAAUUCUAAGACCAUGUAACAUCUAUAGACCAGAACAUUAGUACAUUUAUAUUUCCUGGUCUUUUUACCUACUUGUAUUCUGCAUUCACAAAUAGAUAAUUAGUAUAGAGUUCUAGAAAAGUGAAGGAAUAUUAUCUUGAUGUUGCUUUUCCUAAAUAUUGCAAAUAAUAAUCGCGGAAGGGAAAACUUGAGAUAAUAAUUGUUUAACUUCAAAUCAGAUUUCAAUUUUGUGUCAUUGUGGAAACUAAUGGAUAUUGUAGUCCUAUAUACCUUUUCUAUGUAUUUAAAAUGAUUGUUACAAAUUUACCUUUUAGAUGUUUUUCAGAUGAAAUAUAUAUAAUGAUAUUUUUACUAUCUUGAAACUAUUAUUAUAGAAUAAUUGUGCAAUGUU